ACUUGUUUUCUGAAGACUUUCCUUACUUGCAGUCUCAUCAUAAAAUUUUACCAGCAUGUCCUUUCCUUUGUCUUCACUGUGAAGGAGAUCAAUGAGAAUCCACAAAUCUUGCCCAAUGUUACCUUUGGAUUUCACAUCUAUGACAGCUACAAUAAUCCAAAGUUGACUUAUCGGACCACUCUGGACAUGGUCUUCAAAUCACAUAUAUUUGCCCCCAACUACAGAUGUGGCACCAGGAAAAAUCUCAUGGCCAUCAUUGGAGGACUUGGAUCAGAUACUUCAUCCCAUAUAGCAGACAUGGUAGAUUUUUACAAGAUUCCACAGCUCCACCCAUUUCUUCAAGGCACUUCUUUCAACAACUCAGCAGGAGAGGGAGUGUCCUUUAAUGAGAAGAGGGAAGUUGCAGGAGGGUUUGAUAUCAUCAACAUGAUCGUUUUUCCAAACAAGUCCAUCCGGAGUGUGAAGGUUGGAAGACUAGAUCCCGAUGCAUCUUAUGGAAAUGAAUUGAUCAUUAAUGAAUAUCAGAUUGAAUGGCACAGAGGUUUUAAUCGGGUUCUUCCAGUUUCUCUGUGUAAUGAAUAUUGUCACCCUGGAUAUUGGAAGAGAAAAUCUGAAGAGAAAAGUUUCUGCUGCUACGACUGUGUUGCAUGUCCACAGGGAAAGAUUUCAACUGAGAUAGACACAGAAGAUUGUUUCAAAUGUCCUGAGGAUCAGUAUCCAAGCAAAGUGCAAGAUCGAUGCCUUAACAAAACAAUGAGUUUCCUGUCUUUUGAAGAACCUUUAGGAAUCAGUCUGGCCUCAGCUUCUGUUUCCUUUUCCUUCAUGACAGUCAGUGUGCUUGGAAUUUUUCUUAAGCGUAGAGAUACCCCCAUUGCCAAGGCCAAUAACCGGGACCUCACUUACACUCUCCUUAUUGCCCUCUUACUGUGCUUUCUCUCUUCCUUGUUAUUCCUUGGUCAGCCAGGGAAAGUAACCUGCCUUUUCCGGCAACCAGCAUUCAGCAUCAUCUUCUCAGUUGCUGUUUCAUGUGUGUUAGCUAAAACUAUUACGGUGGUUGUAGCUUUCAUGGCUACUAAACCAGGUUCUUCAAUGAGAAAAUGGGUGGGAAAAAGAUUGGCUCUUUCCAUUGUCUUUUCUUGUUCUUUUCUUCAAGCAGUCCUUUGCAUUAUAUGGUUGGCAACAUCUCCUCCCUAUCCUGAGUUAAAUAUGCAGAUCCUCAUGGAAACUAUGAUUCUGCAAUGCAAUGAAGGUUCCAUCUUCAUGUUCUAUUGUGUGCUGGGCUAUCUGGGCUUCUUGGCCAUCGCCAGCUUUAUUGUGGCUUUUCUUGCCCGUAAUUUACCUGAUAGCUUUAAUGAAGCCAAGUUCAUCACCUUCAGCAUGUUGGCUUUCUGCAGUGUUUGGAUCUCUUUUGUUCCAACCUAUCUGGGCACCAGAGGAAAAGCCAUGGUAGCUGUGGAGAUCUUCCCAAUCUUAUCCUCCAGUGCUGGAUUAUUGGGAUGCAUCUUUUUCCCAAAAUGCUUCAUCAUUGUGUUGAGGCCAGAACUAAAUAGCAGGCACCAACUAAUCAAACGAAACAAUUAA